ACCUAAGCACCUGAUGAUUACGCUGUAGUAAGAUCGUUUUCAUUCAGGUAUUGGCGCUACAUCAAACAGUAUAUAGAUUUUUUUUUGGUCAUUUCAACAUGCGUUUUUACCUUCUUUACAAAAAUCAUGGCCUCUACGACCCAGUACUAGAUGACACUGAACUGGUUUACGUACCAGUAACACAAGAAGAAUGGCAAGCAUCUAAUAAUUCUGAACAAACACAAAAUUUAAGUUACAGUGAAAAGCAAAACUAUGAACAAAGAAAUGGAACAAAUAACGAAAACGUUUUCAAAACACAAGCGAAAGAAACUCUUGAUACAGCUUUCCAAGAUCAAAUCAGGAUGAAUUUAAAAGAUACCUUUACCCAAAUCGAAACAGAAGAUCUUCCCCCACAAGCGAGAUUUAAAUUACCUAUUUCUGAUGAAUAUGAUCCAGAAGGUAAAAAAAUGUCGAAAUUACGCAGACUAUAUGAAAAAUUUUUAAAUAUUGAUCUUACGAAAGUCCUUAAACAAAUGAAGAAUGACGACAAUAAAACAAAUCAAGGAUUGAAAGAUGUAAAACAAGAUGUUAUUAAUAGAGAUUUUAACGCAGAAGAAAUACGAAAACCAAAUGAAAUGAUCAAAAAAGAUUUUAUGUAUAUGGAUGAAAAUAUAGAAAAUUUUACCAAAGAAACAGCCGUCAAAAUUGUUGAAAAGAGCAUCAAUAAAGCUCUUUCAGCUCAAACGAAACAAAAAACUAAAACGCAAAUUAAAAAUGAAAUCACACGAGCUGAGUAUGAAAUACAUAAAGAAUCACCGUUUGAGAAUUUUAGGCCAUUGAAUGAGUCAAAGUUUCAAGAAAAUGAAAGAAAAUCUAAUUAUUUCAAAGACGAACACAAGCAGGAAACUAUACAUAGUUCUGUACGUGAUAAGGCACAAACGAAAAAAGUUACUUUUAAUGUAGAUGAAUAUAAAGAAGAAGAGAGUUUUUGUAAUAAAACGGAAAACGAUGUAACGAAUUGUUUAGAAACAAAUGGUAGAUUAACACCCGAAAAAAGGAAAUUAUUAGUUCAACAGGACAUUGAACAAGUAAUUCAGCCAGGAACUGUUCGCGAUAGAUCAGAAGUCUUCAGGAAAUAUAAUAUAAUGAAUGAUGUUAUAGAAAAAAGUGACUAUAAAUAUGAAAAAUCGAAUGUUAAAGGAAGUGAACAUGUGUUUUCAAAAACUAAGCAAGCAAAAAAAGUUUCACAACAGAAAGCUUACAAAACAGGAGCUCAAACAAUACUUAACAUACAUCGUGCAAGUUGCUCUUUAUUCAGCAAAGUAUUGCUGAAAUCAUUUCUCUCACAAUUCACCAAAUUUAUGAUACUUUUAUCUAAAUUUAUUCAAAUAAAACCGGAAUAUUAUUUUAAAGAAGAAAAACAUUUUAAACAAAGGCGAGAAGUAGAACAUUCAUCUCUUUUAAAAGAAGGAGAACUUAUUGUAAAGAAAAAACUAUCUGGGGCAAAAAUAGCUCAAAUCGAGGGAAUGAAACCCGUUGAUUUAACAGAUAAAAUGAAUGUCGUGAUAUUAGAGCUCCAAAGAAUGUCAGGAAAAGAGGAAGAGCUUUGCCAAAAAGAGUUUGAUGAGACUGAGUAUAGUGAAACAGAUUUUGAGAAGAUGGAUUUCGAUAAGGAAGAAUUCAAUAAAAAUGAGAAUUAUUGUGAAAAAUAUCAAAGAAGCAGCGAGAGUACUAGGCCUUGCAGUGAAAAUAAAAUUGAUGAAGAUUGUAAAGAUUCUUCUUACGAAUAUAAAACAAAGUUUGACGAAAAGCAAAGUAAAUUUCAUACUUAUGAAACAACUAAAACACAGUCAAUGGAAGUUCGUGAAAUUAGAUCAGAAAAACGUUAUUCUGAAUAUAGAUCUAACAAAAAAGAAUCUAGUCCUUGUAAUGAAGUGCGAACUUACGUUAGAGACGCAAAUGGCAAUAUUAUAUAUAUUGCUAUAGUAGAAGCUCACGUAUAUACUUAUAAAGAUGCCAUUUUUAGAGAUUAUAUGCGCCGAUUGUCGGAGACUAAAAAUGUAAUAGAAAAGUGUGAAAUAAAUAAGCAGAGCGACGUAACAGACAGCACUAAUAAAAUUGAUAUCUAUGUUGAUUUUGGUGAUACUCGUAAGUUAUCUCUUGCAAGUACUGUCAUGGUACCUGUUGAAGAGUAUGCAACUGUUCAAGAAAUGGAAAAUACCAAAGUAAAUUAUAUAAGAAGUACUACAGAUUUGGAACAUGUAGCAAAGAAAAUUGCAGUACAAAAUAUCACGCAAGUUAUUGAACCACUACUAAAAACAGAGGUUGAUAUAUAUGCCAGUAAAGGUGCUCGUGCAGAGAUACAAACGCCUGUAAAUACAAUAGCUGAAAAAACAGAGAUAUUCACAGAACAGGAUCAAAUGUUUUUCCAGGCUCAAGUAUAUGUAACCCAAAAGUCAUAUAUGUCAAUCGAAAAACCUGAGAAACCAGCAGUUGAAAUAACAGAAAUAUCUAUAGAUGAAGAUAAUAGUGAGAUUAUUGAAGAAGAAAAGGUUAAAAAAGAAGAACCUCAAACUGUAAUCGAGCCUCCAGUUAAGUCACUCGCUGAAAUAUCUGAAGUAAUAAUAAACGAGGACCACGUAAAUGAAAUUGUGAUUCCUGAACCAAAGCUAAUUAAACCUUCUCCCACCAUAGACAUAUCUACUAAAUCAGUCGCCAUCGUUUCUGAAGUUGCCGUUGAUGAAGCUAAUUUAGGUGUGCUUGAUGUACAAAAAGCUACAACUAAGACAUCAAAUGCUCUUGUAGAGAAAGCGUCACUGGCUGUGGCAGAAACUAUAGCCAUUUCACCAGAAAUCGGAAGUGAGUUUUUAAAUAAUACUGAAAUUCGAAGACAAUCAGCAGCAAUAGAUAUAAGUAAAAGUAUGGCAACUGAAGUUCUACAAGUUUUGUUCGAAGAACCAAUAAAUGAAGAAAUAAAAAUAGCUGAAACCGAACAUAGACAAAGUCAAACGCAUAUAGAACAAAAAUUUUUAGCUUCACCAGUGACAACUACAAUAUUAGUAGAGGAACCUUCACAGGAAAAUCUUAUAAUGGCUGAAGUAGUUGAAAAGUUACCUCAGAGUUUAAUAGAAACAAGUGUUCUUAUGGUCCCUGAGACUAUUGCUAUCGAACCAGCAGGACCAAAAGAUGAAUAUUUGGAAAUUCCUAGUGAAGCAGCAAAACAAACGAAAUCUUCAAUUGAAUCACCCUCAUUAACUGUUGCUGAACUUCUCGAUACACUAUCCAUAGGACCCAAAGAAGGAGAAAUUGAAGUUAAUGAAAUUUCACUAGAAAAACCUAAUAUAGGUUUAGAUGUUUUAAAGUCUUUUACUACAACUGUUGUGUUUUUAGAGGACCAACACGACGAGUUACAAGUUCCUAAAAUUGAUAUUAAGGCAGCACAGACCGAAUUAGAAAGUCCUCAUCAUAUUCUAGCUGAAGUACUAACAAUAAUACCAGAAGGUUUGAAAGAAGGAAAUCUUGUAAUCGAUAAAACAUCAGAAGAAGAAAUAAGAGUGAAUUUUAACAAAUUACACUCAGUAGAAACAACAAGUGUGUCUCUUGGAGAUACGAUAAAAGAUAUUUUACCAAUGCCAAAGAUUAUUGAACAACAGCCGCAACUCAAAAUACAAGAAAACAAAUUAAACAUCGCCGAAACAUUAUUAUUAAUACCGGAAGAGCCUAAGGAUCAAGAAUUCAAUGUUGCAACAGUAAAAACUCAAGAAGCGCGUAUUAAUAUUGAAGAAUUUAAAGCUGCAGAAACAGAAAUAAUAACGUGCGAAGAAAUUGCAAACGAAAACUUAGAUUUACCGGAAAUAAUUAAAAAAGAAGUACAAACAUCAAUAGUAAGUUGUCCUUUAGCAGUUGCUGAAACUGUAACGACCUCUUCUAUAGAAUCCGCUACUGAAGUAGGUACUCAAAUUAUACUAGAAAAGGCUUUAAAAUCGAUUGAAAAGGAUGUCAAAGUAGCGCUGGAAUCAGUGACGCCAAUAUCUCACACAAUUAUAACGUCCAUUGAAGAAACAAACGAUUUAAGUGAAAAACUAAAAUUGUGUUCCCAAUCAGCUAAUGUCACGUUUGUGGAAUCAUCUGCAGCAACGAUCGCAGAAACUACAGCUGUAACUGCAGCUAAAGAAGAAGCAUUUAGAACUUUUGACUUGAAGUCUAGAGUAAAAAUAAGGGAAAUACCGAUAAGAAAAAUACAAGAUGUAAAAACUGAAGAUAUUGAGUUGAACUAUACUGUAGAGCUACCGAAGGACGAAGAGGUCAACGAAGUAUUUGCGGAAGUUACAUUGACCAAACAAAAAAGUCCACCAGUUGAGGUAUUCGCAGAAUACGAAGUUAAUGAAAAGAAAACAACAGAAGUAGAUUCUAGUAUUUUUGAGUCAAUAAAACUUUUGAAAAAACAUGUUCAGGAAUUUAAAUCUAUGGACGAAAAUUUCAGCUAUACAGCUCUUAUUUCAGACGUUCAACUUGAGAAAAAAGUGGAGGAAGAAUUACUAGAAAUAUUACAAUCAUCAAAAAUAGAAGAUAUUACUAAUUUCACGUUUCCAUCGCCUACAUUAAUACCCAUUAUACAAGAAUACUUAUUUAGACUUAGGGGUCCAAAAUUAAGAACAUUUAAACAUAUGGAGGAUGUGUUUGAAGAAGCAACAUUGAGACUAAAGUCCAAAUAUCAAACAGCUACCGUACAGAGUUUUGAUACAAGCUUGACUUUAAUAUUACAAGAUAUAGCUGAUUCUCAACUUCAUCCGGAAGCAAUAGAAGUUGCAAUGGAAACGACGGAACGUAUCUCUGAAAAAGAUAGCACUAUGCAAUACUUUGAUUCUAAGAAAAUUUCUAGAUCAUUAGAAUCUAGUGUUCAUUCAUCCGAAAUACAAAGCUUACACACAGAAGUUGCUGUUGCAAGGGCAGCAACAAAACAAACUAUUGAAACAGGGAUCGAUGUAAGUGUAUUGUCUAUCGAAGAAGAACCAAUAGUUGAGUCUAGGAGAAGAAUGUCAACAGCUCAAAGAACGAAAAAGACUAUGAAAUCAGCAGCUAUAGAAUCUGAUUCAGUAGUAGCUGAAUCGGAAUCUGCUAUUAUGCAAAUUUCUGAUGCCAAUCAAUCACAAAUGUAUGACAAAACUUCUUUGGAAGCGGAGUCGAGAAAUGCUAGAUUGGAAAUUAAUGACAUUCAAGCAGCAUCAGACAUAUCCAGGAAAAGUAACUAUAUUCAAUCUAAGAAAGCUGCAGCAUUUUCAGUGGCAACUACCUCUGUUGAUGAAGAAAAUGCACUUGAAAGAAGUAACUCAUCUACAAUAAACGAGUCUAGCCAAAAAUUAGAAAUAAGAGCUGAUUUGACAGCCGAUGAAUCUGAAGUUAUUACCAAUGGUUUUACACCAUCCCCACCACUAUCGCCGCCUACUCCUCUGACUGAUGAAUACAUAUUCAAAUUUGAUAUACCACUGCCACGUAUUACACGAUACGUUGAGAGAGAUUGUUCGUAUAGUCCUGAAAGUAUUGAAGAUGAUAUCAUUUUAAAAUGUGGUUACAUACCACAUAUAAUAACUAGAAUUGAACGUAUAAUAUACAGUCCGCCUUUGCCAACACCUCCAGCAUCGCCAGAAAGGCAAAUCGUUCCAAUUUACAAAAAGCCUGGUUUAAAAGGUGGAUCGGGAGAUUACAGAAGUAGUAACAUUAGUUUAUUCAAAUACUUUUGUUGAUAUAAAAACAGACAAGACUUAUUUAGUCAUAACAAAAACUACAAUUAGGUAAAGUUUAGUUUUAAUUUAGAUAUUAAUUACGAUUUACUUUGUUAAUAACUAUCACAUACCAGUAUAUCGCGAAGGUUAUAUGCUCAGUACUCUUGGUAGAUAAAAAAAAAUGGCUGUCUGUACAGUCGGUUUACGGACGAUAGUUUUACGUGA